UUUGUUCAAUAAUCUUUUUUAAGAGUUUAAGUUCAUAUUAGCGGGGCACUGUCUUUUCCCGAUUCAACAGUAGGUCCCGCACAAGCUCGUGGCGUGGAUAGGGUUUUGACAAUCCACAAAUCCUAAGUGAAUUUGUUGUAAAUUCCGGGUAAGGUAUAAAUAAGAAUAACACAAUGCCUGGCACCAUCAAGCGUACCCCUCGGAGAGGAGGACUCACCAAAACCCCAGAAAAGGCCACAGGGUUGUCACCAGCAAAGUUUUACAGUCCCAAAACUCCAGGCUGGGUUUCUGGUAGUCAGAUGACAUUUGAACAAGAUGACUCUCCUGUUAACAAAAUCCAUAAGGGAAGAAGAUCAGUCAUGCCAACAGGGAAAACUUUUCAAAAGCCCACAAACUCUAGAAGGCAUACUUUGUUCAAACUCCCCGAGCCUGUAAGGUCUUCCCCUAUUGGCACCAGAUCCCGACGAUCCUCCAUCUUUAAUGUAGAGAGUAGGAAAGGAGGAAUACGACUAACCAUUGCUGUUACUCCCCAAGAAAAGCCAAAGAAAGGUCCAGGAAAGGUGCUCUCCCCACAAGGAGUAACGACUCGCACCAGAAGGUCCUCAGUGUACCAGAAAGGUAAAACUCUGCAGGAGGCUUGUUCCCAAACCAAGAAGGUCACUGUUACUGGUAGGAACAAACCAACGACCAAAACAGACACUGUCAUACCAAAGAAAACUGCAGUGAAGCGUAGAUCUGUCGGUCCAAAAUCACCGCCAUCUAGGCCUUCAUCAAGAACAUCACAGACAGCAGAUGUCUCCAUUACACAGUCUGUCAAAGGAGCAGCUACCAAGCGAAGAUCUGUCCAGCCAAAUGCAGUAAAAUCCACAACAGAGGGGGUAAACUCUCCAGCUGAAAAGAAGAUGAAAAAGACUCCAAGACGUUCUGUCUCCAAGUCCAUUGAAACAGAAGAACCAAAAAAAAAUCUGUCCGAGAAUGUUGAUGAUCCUGUCUUUAAGACCCCUGUCCGUCCAGUGUCUAGUGUUUCUGAGGAAAAGCAAUCUGUCUCUGCAAGGAAACUAAGGAGUGCAAAGAAGACUCCAGCCCCCCAGGUUACAAAAUCCUUGAAUGAUGUUAAACAAAAUACUCCCAAAAAUUCAUCUAUCAACAAAACCCCUCAAUCCAUGAGGAAAACUCCAGCCCAGUCUGCAUCCAAAAAGCUGAGGUCUGCAGCUAAAAGUAAAUCUGAAACUCCAGCUGUGUCUAGAAGCACAAGGAAGAGAAAGAUAGAGCAGCCAAAAGCUGAUGCUACUGAUAGUGAAACACAACAGAUGGACACCAAGGAUGUACAGAAAAACCAAGUCGUACUGUCACCAGAGAUGAGCAACAAUCAAAAGGAUGAAAGUCCAAAAUUCACAGAAGUUAAACAAAAGAUUGAUCUCACUGAAAAAUUGGACACUCCUCAGGUAAAGAAAGUCAGAAUGACCCCCGCUGUGUCAGACACCACAGAGAAAAAAUCAAGGCAGUCCUACAGAAAGACUCCAGCCAAGCUGAAAGGAGGUGAUGCUGUGACCACAGUAGAUGAUUCCUUUGAUGAAUCUGUGGAAUUCAAAACCCCCAUGAAGACUCCACGGGUGAUGAAAUCUGCCAGAAAAACAAAUACCUCUGAAGCAGUUUCUAAAACACCUCAAGUGUUGCUAACCAAGCUUCCUGUCCCAAAUGAAGAAACAAAAAUGGAAACAGGCAAAGAGGAGAAGCACCAGAAAUCAGUACAGGUUCUAUCUCCUGCUCUCAGCUCUCCUGUGGAUCACAACGGAAAAUUAGCAGAAAGGAAAAGUACCCCCGCAAGAGUCCAGCCUGAUGCAGUGAAGAAAGAUGGGAAAGGGAAAAACAAGAAGGAGAGCAAAGUAAAGAAACUCAAGUCAAAAGAGAAAGAAAAUGCUGCUACUGUAUCACUAAAUGGCACUCUGAAUACUUCUGCUCAUACCAGUGUGGGGGCCAAAUGUACAAUCUUGUAGAACAGUGGACUUUUUGAUGUUUAUGGAACCGCCUUCCCUAUUUUAUAUGUAAUUGUGGCAGCAAAUGUCUCAGGUUUUCAUACUACCUUCGUUCUGACUUUUAUUCAAUCCUUUUAUUCUCAUUUAUAUUUUAGCAAAUUGUUUCAUAGAGGAGCAUAUAAAAGAGAGAAUUAAUAUAAUGGAUAAACUGAAGCAAGAAAUUACUGAAUUAACUAUGUUUUGUUCAUGAACUCUAUUUUGUUCACCUUAAUAUUCAACUGAGUUACAAUCAACACCUACAUGCGCUAUAUUAUUGAUGGUUAUCAGGUGUAGAUAAAGUUGUAUAAUCAAUACAAAACAUCCUUAUUGUUGUUUCUAUGACCUCACUCUGGCUAUCUUUCCUGAUGCUGUUGUACAUUAUUUUUUCUAAUUGUUAUUAUCCUAUCAAACUUUGUCAUUAUGUAACCCCACCUGUCAUAUAUAGUGCAGAAUUGGAUAUGUAUUGUACAAAGAACUGUAUGUAUUGUAAAUAGAGAUUGUUAUUUUAAUUAGUAUAGUUUAUGGUAGGGAGAGUAUUUCAAGCCUCGGUCUGAUUAAAAAGCUCAAACCUCCACCAGCUCCUCUUUAUUUUGAUUGAUCAAAUUACCGCCAAGAAGGAGCUGGUGAAGGUUUGAUUUUAAUCAGACUGAUAAAUUCUUUAUUUUCACUUAGUUUUAAUUUAAUUAGUUUUAAUUUUGGUGCAUUUUAGUUUUGUAAGUUUUAUAUUGCAGAUUCUAUGCGUUCUAUUGUAAGAAAUUGUGGGGGAAACAAACGAUUUUGACAGUCUUUUGUAAAAUUCCUUCAGGAUUUCAACUCAAGUUUAUACCCCCAGCUUUGUUUUAAUCUUUAAAAUAAUGUACUCGUGGGUUAACGAUUAAGAGAUAUAGUCUUGUUUAAUGAAUCUGAAACUUUUGAUUAUUAACUAAAUGAGAAUGUUAUUGAAAUGUAUAUAUUUUGCCGAAAACAAUCUGAAUUCAGGCUUCUAAUUUACAUGAUAAUUAUUGUACUUUGUAACCAUCUUACCCUGUAAAAGUUGCCAUCAAAUUAUUCAUUGUUAAAAUGUACUUUAGAUAAAUAAGAGUACAUCUCUAAAACCUUU